GCCGCUGAGACCGGGCAGCCUGAGCCUGAGCGCGGACGCAGGGGCAGGUUGCUCACCGGCUGGAUGUCGCAGCGAACAAAACCUUCCGCCAGGUUUAAAAUAGAGGCGUCUACUUUAUAUUGAAUUUGUUUUUUUCCGGCUCCGGGGAGGAAGCGUCUCCCCCCCCGUCCCCGUCCCCUGUCCCCUCCUCACCAUGGCUUCCAACUUCAACGACAUAGUGAAACAGGGAUACGUGCGGAUACGGAGUAAGAAGCUGGGGAUCUUUCGGAGGUGUUGGCUGGUGUUCAAGAAAGCUUCCAGUAAAGGCCCCCGUCGGUUAGAAAAGUACCCAGACGAGAAGGCAGCCUACUUCAGAAGCUUCCACAAGAUCACUGAGCUCCAUAACAUCAAGAACAUUACCCGGAUGCCGCGGGAGACUAAAAAACAUGCUGUGGCGAUUAUCUUCUUUGACGACACGUCCAAGACGUUCGCCUGUGAUUCAGAGCUGGAUGCAGAGGAGUGGUGUAAGCUGCUGUGCAUGGAGUGCCUGGGCAGCCGUCUCAACGACAUCAGCCUGGGAGAGCCGGACCUGUUAGCAGCGGGGGUGCAGCGGGAGCAGAACGAACGUUUCAAUGUGUACAUAAUGCCCACCCCGAACCUGGACAUCUACGGGGAGUGCACCAUGCAGAUCACCCAUGAGAACAUCUACCUGUGGGACAUCCACAACGCUCGCCUCAAACUCGUCAUGUGGCCUCUCAGCUCCCUGCGCAGAUACGGCCGAGACUCCACCUGGUUCACCUUUGAGUCUGGAAGCGGGCCAUCGUAUCAAUGUGUCUCUCAGAUGUGUGACACGGGAGAGGGUUUGUUCACGUUCCAGACGCGGGAGGGGGAGAUGAUCUACCAGCGGGUCCACUCGGCCACGCUGGCCAUUGCCCAGCAGCAUGAGAGGAUGAUGGAGGAGAUAGAGAAGAGCUCCCAGAUCCACUCCAGAGAGACAAUAACCAAGUCCAUCUCCCUGCCCCGCAGCGCCUACUGGCAGCACAUCACGCGUCAGAACAGCCUGGGAGAUCUCUACAGUUACCAAGGAACCGGCCUGGCAAUGACUUUUAUCCCCCGAGCACAGACGUUUCCCAGCUUCCUGUCUGACCAGCCAGAGCAGGAGGAAAGCCAGCACCAGGAAGAGGCACCAUCACCCUCUAGUGGCUGUGAAUCCAGUUGCAGCCUGAGACCCCUUCAAUGACAGAGAGCUGCUGCUCUGCUCGACCAAACCGGGGCUGUUUCCCCACUGCUGUAGAGACGAUGUAGAAAUAUGUAUAGUGACAUGUGUAAUAUAUCAAUUCCUGGUGAUUCUUUAGUGUCAACUGCAGAGCGAGUGGAACCCGAGGACUUUUUACUAGAAAGGGCGUUUUUUGUUGUUGUGUGUUGUUUGACUGUAGCUUCAAAUAUUGCACCAAAAAUCCUUUAAGUGUAGCUUUAAAGUGUGUUACGUUGUCAUUGUGCUGUUAACACCAGCACGUACGACCCCCUUUUUUCUUUUUAUAUCCCUGCACUACAUCCUACAAGAGGGUGAAGGUACUAACACACCAAGGUCUGCUGUAAAACAAGCUUUUUUUUUAAAGGGAAAAGGCUUCUGUUCUGAAAACGACAAAAUCCCACCAGGUUCAUUCCGACCAUUUGCAGCCUCAGCAAGUAUUUUCAGAAAAAAAACAAAGAAACAAUUUUUGACACGUAAUCCGUUCCAUGCUGAAUGUAACCCUGCUUUUCUCAACUAUGUGGAAUUGAUAAAUUCCUUCCACAGAAUAAAAAAAAAAACGCUGGACUUUGAUAGCAGUGAUGAAUCAGCUAAAGCCUUUAAUCGGUUACAAGAAGCAGAAAGGAGAGGUCGUUCAGAAAUGGGCUUCAAGGACGUCGGGAGUGGACGGACGUGUCACAGAUGAUAGAAUGCAACCUUCCCACGGACGACUCUACUUUAAACUGCCAACCUCACAAAAACACAGUGCAGUCAGAGUUUCACAGCUUCCCUGCUCCUCUCUAACAGCAUCAUGGUUUAUUAGAGGUUGAUGCCUGUGACCUGAAUUCAUACGUGAUUUCAUUUGGAAAAUGAAAUCAUGUUUCACUGAUUAACAGAUUGACGCCACCUUCUUGUCACUGUGCUGAAUGGAGCUACACCUAGUAGGCCGAGCAGAUAGCAACUAGCUUGACUCUGUCCAAAGCACCUAUAAAACUACAACUUUUCAUUAUUACAAUUUCAUUUUUAUACAGAUUAAAGAAAUAAGGUAUAUCUGAUUGGCUGAGAGAAUUUAAGAGGUUAAGAGGUUUUUUGUUUAAGCUAAACUAAGCUUAGUUUGUUAAUGACACGCUAAAAAUUAGAUGCUAGCUCGAGUUUUGUGAGUGGUGUUAAUAUGUCUCGUUAAAGACAAGCUAAGCUAACUUAGCUGCUAGCUGUAGCUUUAUAGUGAGUGGUGUUCAACCUCUUAUGUUGUUAAAGACAUGCUAAGCUAACUUAGCUGCUAGCUGUAGCUUUAUAGUGAGUGGUGUUCAACCUCUUACGUUGUUAAAGACAUGCUGAGCUAACUUAGCUGCUAGCUGUAGCUUUAUAGUGAGUGGUUUUCAACCUCUUAUGUUGUUAAAUACCAGCCAAGCUAACUUAGCUGCUAGCUGUAGCUUUAUAGUGAGUGGUGUUCAACCUCUUAUGUUGUUAAAGACAAGCUAACUUAGCUGCUAGCUGUAGCUUUAUAGUGAGUGGUGUUCAACCUCUCAUGUUGUUAAAGACAAACUAGGCUAUGCUAAAUUAGGUGCUAGCUUAUAGCUUCAUGGAGAGUGGUGUCAAUCUUCUCAUGUAACAAACGUCCAUCCCCCUAAAUGGUCCAACAUAUUCCUUUGGAAAUUGAUAUAAGGACUAAAAAGCUGGUCCCCAUGUUCUCCUCCAGUAAGAAGUGCCUUCUGACAGACCAGAACAGAGUAAUGUGUUCUUUACCUUCUGAACAGAGUUGUCCGGUUGGCCCCGGUGUGGAACCUAAGCAGACGGCGUUUCUCCAACACUUCAGAAGACUCUCGGUCAUCUCUUCAAAUAUCUGUGCGUCAGGUGUUGUAGGAUUCUUGUGGCAUCUCAGAGAAACGUGCACUCUUUUCAAAUCCAUAAAUUGUGGCAACAGCAGUGAAAUAAAAUCAAUGAGGCAGCAAACCAGCCCUUUACAAUCUCAUCACCUUUUUUCUUUUUUUUUUUAAUCAUUGUGUCUUCUCUUGGGUUAAUACCAUGGUUAAUAAAGAUGGACGCCAUGUCUCCACUCCCUCCCACUACCCAGAAAUGAGCCCAAAAUACGCCUGAUAGAAAAUUUGCCCCUUUUAUAUAAUAUUUAAAUAAGAUUUGGUUCAUGUCUCACCCACUAACAUGGAGGAGAUGGGCUUUAUGAACUGUACAGCAGCCAGCCACCAGGGGGCGCUUUAGACAAUUCUAGGGAGCACUCAUGUCGUCCAUCUUUACAAUCUAUGGCUUAUAUGUACAGAAGGGGAGUAGAUUAUAGAUUCCUGAAGAACUGGAUGUAAAUGCACUUCAUUUGUGUUAAAGUUUUCGUUUUGCCGUCACUUUAUUUUGUGUAUUUUAUUUAAGACAACCUUUAUUUGAAAUUGAGCCUCAGACUAAAGUGUCCAUCUGAAAAAUAAAGGCGUCCGUCUGCAACCCAGAGCCUGUGACAGGAGCGUGUAGAGAGACAGUUGACAUAUGUGUCUACAUAGUUGUCUUGAGGCUUCCUGGAUCUAAAGUGUGGUAAAUAAAUGUGUGUGUUUGUGUGUGAUAGUUCCAUGACAUCAGAGCUGCACUGACUGAAAUAACUGGAGGAAGUUAGUUUUUAUUUACGCCAUUUGAAUAUUCUGUUAGUUUAUCGUAGGUACGAUGUGUCUUUCGUAAUAUCUGUUAGACACUUGUGUUCGUGUCCACCGCCACUACCUUAUGUGUUCUGUUACCGUCAGAUUGUAUAUGAAAGGCACUUUGAAUACAUUGAGUGUUUUCACUAAAUGUACAUAUGUUAUGUUUUUGAUGAUAAAAAAAAACACAAAUGUAAUAAAUUGAAUGUUAU